AUGAAGGAUCGGAUGACGGGCAAAUCUCGCGGUUUUGGUUUCGUCGUGUUUACCGACCCUGAAGUGGCGGAUCGCGUGCUUAACGAGAAGCAUACUAUCGAUGGCAGACAGGUGGAAGCUAAAAAAGCUGUUCCUCGAGACGAGCAGAAUCCGCCGAAAGAAUCCGAUGCUUCUCAAGGCAAUGCGUCAGGAGAACAAGCAGCAGCAGGAGCCGAUGGCGACGGCGGUGAGCAGCCUUCCCAAACGCAGCCAUCCCAGUCGACAAAGAAGAUCUUUGUCGGCGGGCUUGCGUCAACCGUCACAGAGGACGAUUUCCGUCAAUACUUCGAGCAGUUCGGCACGAUCACGGACGUCGUCGUGAUGUACGACCACAACACCCAGCGGCCGCGCGGAUUCGGCUUUAUCACGUUCGAUUCGGACGAAGCGGUUGAGCGCGUGUUGGAGAAAACGUUUCACGAGCUCAAGGAGAAGAAGGUCGAGGUCAAGCGGGCCGUUCCAAAGGAUAGCGCCGGCGGCGGUCGCGGCGGAUAUCGCGGCGGCUAUGGCGCAAGGGGAGGGUACGGAUAUGGCGGGUACGGUGGCGGUGGGGGUUACGGCGGCGGCGGCGGCUACGGUUCUCGCGGCGAUUCCCGGUACUCCGGCGGUUAUGGAGGCGGCGGUCGCGGGUACGGCGGGUACGGCGGUGGCUAUGGAGCGUACGGCGGGUAUGGCGCUGGGAUGAACGGGGGCGGAUAUGGCGGAGGGUACGGGUGGGGCGGCUACGGCGGAAGCGCUGGUGGUUACGAGGGAGGGUACGGGGCUGGCGGUUAUGGCGGAAGCUCGGGUUACGGCGGAUCUCCAGGCGGGUCCGGCUAUAGUGCAGGCGGCCGAUCCCAAUGGCCUGCUGGGUACGGCCAGGGGGGUGGGGGUGGUGGCUAUGGCGGUAGCUCUGCGGGUGGUGCGUCUGGCUAUGCGCAGGGAGGCAACUGGGCCGGAUCUCAAGGUGCUUCGGGCGCCGCUGGCCAGGGCUACGGUUACGGUUACGGAGGGGCGGAAGGGUAUGGCGCAGGGGCUGGCACUCGGGCUGAUAUUCGAUGUACUCGUAAGCAGGAGGUAGGACGAGCAGCUAGGAAGGGCAGCGUGAAGCUUAUCAGCCUUUGA